CCCUUCUCCGCGUCCCUUGUUCCCCCUUUACGGCUAUCGCUGCCUUUAACCCAAAACCCCUUCGGCUCCUCCGUUGUCGUCUUCUCCACCGAUGAAGCCAGUGACCGAAGCGAGCAGCUUUCCCACCGCACUGUUCCCCCUAAGCGUUCUCUGAAGCAGUGCGUAUGGAAGAGACGAUGGAGGCGCGGGGGCGGCUGGUGGGCGAUUACAUCCUCGGGCCGAAGAUCGGGGCCGGGUCCUUUGCGUCGGUGUGGCGUGCGCGGCACCGGAAGUACGGGCACGAGGUGGCGGUCAAGGAGAUCGACAAGCAGAGGGUCGACAGCAAGGUCCGCGACUGCCUCCUCAAGGAGGUCAGCAUCCUCCGCAACAUCUCCCACCCCAACAUCGUCCGCUUCUUCCAGGCCAUCCAGACGGAGGACAAGAUAUUUCUCGUGUUGGAGUACUGCGCUGGUGGAGACGUUGCAGAUUAUUUAAAUCGGCAGGGAAUUCGUGGGAGGGUGUCGGAGGAUGUUGCCAGACACUUCUUAAGGCAACUCGCUGAAGGAUUGAAAGUACUGCGCGAGAAUAAUCUCAUUCACAGGGACCUCAAACCACAGAACCUUCUGUUAUCAACUAGUGAUGAAACUGCAGUUUUGAAGAUUGGCGAUUUUGGUUUUGCAAGUUUGCAGCUAUUUAUGAAUAUAAUGGCGUCUCAUGAACUGCAUUUUCCAGAAGAUGUGAGUUUACAUCCUGAUUGUACACACAUUUGCAAGAGACUUCUCCGUCGGAAUCCUGUUGAGAGGCUGUCAUUUGAAGAAUUCUUCAAUCACAAUUUCCUCAACACACCAAGGACAAUUGAGACACCCAGUGAAUCUACAAACGUUCUAGAUGUUGGUGUUGAUGACGCUGGGCCAUCACAUUUAUCAGAUAUUUCUAACUCGAAGAUUGCAAGCACGGAUAAGAGUUUUACAUGCUUAAAUAGUACAAGAGUUGCUGACUCAUUGGAAUUCAUCGAACAAGACUAUGUUCUUGUUAAUGCUAAUUUUGCAUUAAUGGAGACUUGUACAUCUUCUUUGGAGCCAUCCUUGAAUGAAAAUUCCACAAGUAUGGUACCUAACUGCAGAUUGAAUAUGACCAGAAGAGGAUAUGUAGGUCCAGUUAAAUCUGUGGAGCGACCUGAGCUUUCAAUACAUCGUGCAGAUACCAUGGACAGCCAUGUUCCUUCUCUUUCAUCACAGUCACAAGCUUCUUUUACUGCAUCAGAAGAAUUGCAUGGGACAACAUCAGUGCAUCCUUUCUCUAGGAUUCAGUUUUUAAGUCAAUAUAUCAAUGCUUUAACAGAAUUAACUCAAGAAAAGCUUGAUGCCAGACUGAGUCUGGAAUCGUUUUCAUUGGAACUGGUGAUAUUAGCUAUUUGGAAAGUAAUUAUUCAGCUGUGCGACACAAUGAUGGCGUCAACAACUGAAGCAGACUUACUCAACCAGCAACAUCAUCAAAGGGAUGGCAUCUCUCAAAAUAUUUUAGAAGAAUUGGGUUUCACAAAUCCAUUACAAGUUUUCUCUUGGGCUGAGAACGGAUUUCUUAUUGCAUACGAUCGAGCAGAAAAGUUAUCUAAUAUUAUCCAACAUUCUGAUGGUGAAGCAGAGAUGCCAGAUGCAAUGGAAAUUAUAUUCCAGAUGGCUUUAACAGUUGGGAAAAAUGGAGCUGUGGAAGAGCUUAUGGGGCAAUUGAGUAAAGCAGCAGCAUCUUAUUCUAAAGCUAUUACUUAUCUGACAUUCGUCAUGGUCGAAGCCACACAGUUACCAUUGAACCCACCAUUCUCUCUGUCAUCUUCCGAUCGGCAACGUCUAUGCAGGUAUGUGUCAAAUUUGAGAACUCGCCUGAAUAAAUCUCAAAUGGCAGAUAGUGUUUCCAGGCAAAACCAUUAGUUCUUUGCAGCAAGUGAUAGGCGUGUCUGGGGAUUAUUUGGCUCCUUGUAAGUAGUAUUUACUAACAAAAUGAUAUCCGAAGUUGCUUUGGUUUGACAAAGCAUAUUCUGAUCUGACAUCCAAAUGGAGAAAACUCGCAUAGCAAUACUUGAAACUCUUUGAUUUUUGUUUCGGAAUUCAUAGGUGGGAUAUCAUUGUGUAUACUAUUAAUCCCAAGUCAUGGCUUCCAAAGGAAAACUGAAAUGUAUAUAUAUAUAUAUUUCUGUAAAUAAGCAACACUGGAAGAAUUAUUCGUCUGUUGGCUGGUGAUGUAAAUGAGGUGAUUUUUUAUA